AUGGACGAUAGCUGCGCAGUAUGUGCGGAAAGCUUGGAGUGGGUGGCGUACGGUGCCUGCGGCCACAAGGAUGUUUGCUCUACUUGCGUGGCUCGCCUCCGAUUCAUAUGCGAUGAUCGUCGGUGCUGUAUAUGCAAGACGGAAUCUGACGUUGUUUUCAUCACCAAGGCUCUGGGAGACUAUACUAAGACUAUCAAUGAUUUUUCGUUAUUGCCUUCUGAAGCCAAAGAAGGUAGAGUGGGGCGGUACUGGUAUCACGAAGAUACACAGGCAUUUUUUGACGACUUGGAUCAUUAUAAGAUGAUCAAAGCCAUGUGUAGGCUUUCUUGCAGCGUGUGUGAUAAAAUGGGGGACCAGCCAGAUGAUGGCUCCAGGAGAAGGGCAAGGUUUAGGAACAUUGAGCAGCUAAAGGGUCAUCUGUUCCACAAGCAUAGGUUGAAUAUGUGCAGCUUGUGCUUAGAAGGAAGAAAGGUUUUUAUCUGCGAGCAGAAGUUGUAUACAAAAUCACAGCUGAUGCAGCAUACAAACACGGGUAACUCAGAGGUCGAUGGAACUGAAAGUGAACGAGGUGGCUUUACAGGACAUCCUAUGUGUGAAUUCUGCCGAACACCAUUUUAUGGGGAUAACGAGCUUUAUACUCACAUGUCUACAGAACAUUAUACUUGUCAUUUAUGUCAAAGGCAGAAUCCAGGACAAUACGAGUACUACAAGGAUUAUGAUGACUUGGAGAUCCACUUCCGACGAGACCAUUUUCUAUGUGAGGACGAGGGUUGCCUUGCCAAAAAGUUUAUUGUCUUCCUAUCUGAAGCUGAGUUGAAGAGGCAUAAUACUUUGGAGCAUGGUGGGCGUAUGUCUCGUUCAAAGCGCAGUGCUGCUCUUCAGGCAUGUUGCUCCAACUCAUAA